UUUUUUUUUUUUUUUUUUCCCUGCUUUUCCUCCUUCUGGGUCCGCUGCUUAAUUGGGAGCGAGGGAGGGCUGGGGAAGCUGCCAAGCGCGGGAGGGCUCGGGAGUGUGCGGCUCCACGCCGGCCAGGGCAGCGCCAGCCCCGGGGCCCCGCACACGUGCACCCGGCCUCGCUCUGCCCGCCUGUGAAAUGGGCACAAGGAGGAAAGCGGGCUGGGGGGCAUGCCGGGGGGAACGGGGCCAUCGCCAGCCCUUUGGGGGCUCGGUCCCCUUCCUUCCCGCGGUGCGUGGGAUGGGAGCAGCGUCGGGCUGGGGAUUGCGACACACCCAGGCGUCGUGCCCUUCGUGGCCCUGCUCCUGCUGCAGCGGAGGCCGGUGGCUGGCCGGGCGCUGCUGGUGAAUGGCCCCGGCUGCCCCGGGAACAGCCUGUGCCGCGCCAACGUCCACGAGCAGACCCGCAAGCAGGUCGCGCUGCUCAACGCCACCGCCCAGGACCUCUUCAGCCUCUACCUGAAGUGCCAGGGCGAGCCGUUCAGCAGUGAGAGCGACAAGCUCUGCAGCCCCAGCGGCAUCUUCUUCCCGGCCUUCCACGUCAACCGGACGAGUGAGAAGAAGGAAGUGAUGGUGGCCAUGUACAAGCUCUUUGCCUUCCUCAACGCCUCGCUGGGGAACAUCACGCGUGACCAGGAGGAGCUCAACCCCACCGCCAAGGAGCUCCUCGACCGGCUCCACAACACCACCAAAACCACGCGGGGCCUCAUCUCCAACCUCACCUGCCUCCUCUGCAAGAACUACAACGUCUUCCAGGUGGACGUGAGCUAUGGGGAGAGCAGCAAGGGCAAGAGCACCUUCAAGAAGAAGCAGCAGGGCUGCCAGGUGCUCAGGAAGUACGUGCAGGUCAUCGCCCAGGCGGCUCGCAUCCUGCUACCUCAUCUCAGCCCCGUGUGAGCCCCCGACCCGGCUCCUCUCGCCCCUGCGAAGCUAAGGACAGCAGAGGACACCUCCCCGCGCUGCCUUGUGCCCAUUUCACAGCACAGCAGAGCAAGACCCCUAGAACUGCCUCCUCCUCGCCUCUCACCUUCCUAUUUAUUACCUCCUGCUGAUGCUGUGCUGGCCCCGGGUCCCCCCUGUGCUUUAAUUUAUUUGCCCCUUUGCAGUGGCGCUUCCCGCACGGAGCAGAGCCGCAGACCCUCCCGUUCGCCCGAGGGCUGCAGGAGGGUGCAGGCACUGCACAGGGCAGCGGGGCCAGACUCUGUACCCUGCACCCCGGCGUCCCCUGCACCCCAGCAUCCCCUCCGCAGCACCAUGGGGAAACGGGGUGUUCAGCCCCUAGGCUUGCAGCACCUAGCAAAU